AUGAAUAAUGUUAUUGAACCUAGUGUACAACAUAAAGGUGGUAAAUUACGUGGUACUCUUUCUAAUAAUGGGCCUACUAUAUCCGAUCAAACUUUGAUGUUACAAAUUGAAAUUGAUAAUCAAAAUAAAUUAAUAAUUAAAUCAAUUCGAGCAAUACUGAAACAGUAUCGAUUAAUAAAAGAUCAACAAACCAAUAUAAUUAUAUUUUCAUCUGUUUUAUCUAUCGUUAAUUCAUUUAUGAAUUAG